AUGCCGUUGGAAGGCGCUUAUACGGCCGCUGAUGAGACGCCUUGGCGACGCGAAACAGUUCCUCCGCGCCGUCACCGACUUCCCCAGCGUUUGGAUUGGGCUUUGAUUCCACCUCCGCUUGAUCUUUCAAAACCCAUUGUCGACGACAAAGCAGCUCUUCCUGCUAUCAUCGUUACGCCUUCCUCGCCUACUGGUGCGAGAGACUUCCGUAUCGCUUUUCUUGCACCAGAACCAAAAGAGGAAACCAUGUCCGAACGCGUGUUUUCACGUAUACAGCAUGGCGCAGGCAUGAACAAGCCUAUAUUUCAGUUCAAGCCGCGCACAUUGUUCUUUAUGUUCCUCGCAAUCUUCAUACUUUUCUGCCAUUUCCUUUCCCAUCGCUUGUGGGCGCGACAUGUGCAUUUGCGCUUCGAGCUCGACAAGCAGGGCGGUGUGGCCACCGCGGCAGAUGGCACACAAGCUGAACACGCUAUUGGCUGGUUUGAUAUGAAUGAUUACCGGGAUGCACGACACGCACGGGACUUUACUGUCGAGGAAAAGCUACUUUAG